CGGGGAGAACGCGAGUCCCAGCACCCAGCGGUCUUCCCGUGCGCUCCAGGCCGCGCCAUGCUCGCGCUCCGAAGCUGCCUAAGGAAGGUGCUGGCCCCGCGGGCGCUGGCGCCACAGGUGUGUUCACCUUUUGCUACAGGCCCCAGGCAAAGCGAUGGGACAUUGUAUGAAUUCCGCACCUAUUUUCUCAAGCCCUCAAAGACGAAUGAGUUCCUGGAAAAUUUUAAGGAAAAUGUUCACCUUCGGACAGCUUACUCUGAAUUGAUUGGAUAUUGGAGUGUAGAAUUCGGAGGCAGAACAAACAAAGUAUUCCAUAUUUGGAAGUAUGAUAAUUUUGCUCAUCGAACGGCGGUUCGCAAAGCUUUGGCUAAUGAUAAGGAAUGGCAAGAACGAUUCCUCAUCCCAAAUUUGGCUUUCGUUGAUGCGCAAGAGGUUGAGAUUACCUACCUGGUACCAUGGUGCAAAAUAGGAACACCUCCAAAGGAAGGAGUCUAUGAAUUGGCUACCUUUCAGAUGAAGCCUGGUGGCCCAGCGCUGUGGGGUCACGCAUUCAAAAGGGCAGUAAACACCCAUGUGGAACUGGGCUACUCUACGCUAGUUGGCGUUUUCCACACUGAGUAUGGAGCCCUCAACAGAGUUCAUGUUCUCUGGUGGAACGAGAGUGCGGACAGCCGGGCAGCUGGGAGACACUGGUCUCACGAGGAUCCCAGAGUUGUGGCUGCUGUUCGGGAAAGCGUCAAUUACCUCGAGUCUCAGCAGAACAUGUUCCUGAUCCCAGCUUCCUUUUCACCACUGAAGUAGGUUCCGACCCGACAUCCGGCAUCUCAGUCACGGGAUGUGAGAUGUGUCUGGAGCGGGGGCCCAUUGCUCCCAAGAGAACUGUUCCCUUUGUUGCCUGAAGUGGGUGGUGAGUUACUUCACUGUGCCCUCUGCAUCCCAAGGCUACCUGUGUCCUUUGCUACCAGUAGUUCUAGAAAUACUUCUGUUCAUCUUCCCCGUGCCAUUUCAUGUCUACCAGACACGAGAAAGAGUUGCCAUUACUCCACGACCCUGGUACUUUAUUCUUCAAUGAUAUCUUGUCUUCUGUGAUUUCAUGACUAAUUGAUAUCCUAUACUCAAAUAAUGAUUUUGAAUUUUUUGCCUGGAAUAAAAUUUUAAAUUAGUUAAA